AUGGAAGCGCCUUUCGAGGAUAGAGAGAAGCGCUUUGUGCUUGCAGAGAUGAUCAAAAACAGCUCCAUAGACGCAGAUGUACUGGCUGCAUUUGUUAGGAAGAGUCAAAUCGAGCCCAAUUGGCUGUACAUGCAGCUGCCAUCCGGCCGUACUAUGCACCAGUGCAUGGAGGCAGCGAGCCAAAUGUCAAUAGCCACGCCGUCGCUAAAACGGAAGCCUUGGGAAGACAUCAGUUUCGAGCAUCAAGCAAAACGGCCGGCAACAUCGGAGCGUCAUGAGCCAGUCCAUCAUGGCGUGGAGCACGUCGCGCCUCCGCCGGCAUCUUUAUCUCCCCAUAUAGCAAUACUUCCUCGGCCAACAAGUGCGAACCCAGUGCACCAGCAGACGCUCUCCCAAGAGGGACCCAAAAAGCGAGGCAGGCCCUCCCGGGCAGAUAAAGCUAAAAGAGACCUGCGUCCUAUCCUUCCACAGCCACCUCCUGUUUUUCCACCUGCGUUGAACGGUGCUUUCAUUGGCGGCCCUCGAUCACGACCAACGCUCCCUUCCUUGCUCUCAGCAUCUCCUUCCGAAUCUCGACCAAUGACUCCCCCCGAGGCAUACAUACCAGCAGCGAGGACGUCGAAUAGCCCCCAAAAGAGGUUAGGGGCGUCUCCCACGGAGGAUCCGGUCCGCGCAGGCAGCUGUGUUGCCAAAGAAGAGCAGACUGCUAGCUCCGGGUCCUCGUUCAAGAGACUUGUUGUGGAAUGA